UGCCUUGUGGGUAAGCGGGAAGUAAACAGUGAACACGUUGAACAUGGAGCAUUCAGAGCAGAACCAAACCUCAGACAGUAAAAGAGUAAAUAAGAUGGAUAUUUUACGGGACUUUCAAGUGUCUUUUUUUGCCAUGAGUCGCAUGGUUUCAUUUCCCUGGACCUUUUUAGAAAAAGAUCUUGAAAGCAACAAAUCAUCAAACCUGAUUUCAGACAUCCUAAAACAGACGUGUCUUCACUCUUUGUGCCGGAAGUUUCCACCAUCAUUUAGAUACAGGAAGCUGUUCCUCUCUGAGCUCAUCAGACGGGAGGAGGCUGCAGGCUGCGAUCCUCUUGACGAGCUGUACGACGUUCUGGCUGAAGUGGUAGGAGCGGAAGACGCGACCGAGUGCUACAAGAGCUACUUACUGCCCAGCGGUGACGCUGUCAGCCUGCUGGAAAACGUAGCUUUGAUCUCAGAGGGGACCACCGGCCUGGUGACCUGGGAGGCCGCUCUCUACUUGGCAGAGUGGGCUCUGGAUCACCGGCAGGCCUUCACUGGCAGGACCAUUCUGGAGCUGGGCAGCGGUGUUGGGUUGACCGGCAUCACCAUCUGUCGCUCCUGCAGCCCCAACAGAUACGUCUUCAGCGACUGUCACCCCAGAGUCCUGCAGAAACUGAGAGACAACGUCCGGCUCAACGGUCUGAGCGAGCACAGUGUGGAGGAGAUGGACUGGACGACAGCGACAGAGGAACACAUCAGACAGAUCGGGGCUGACACGGUCAUUGCUGCAGAUGUGGUGUAUGACCCAGAUGUUGCAGAGAGUCUGGUGAAGAUGCUGUCCAAGAUCCUGAGGUGUUCGUCUCCUGAAGUCUUCAUCUGCUCCACCAUAAGAAACCAGGAGACGUACGGCGGCUUUAAGCAGCGGCUCGAAAAAGCAGGAAUCAGCCAUUGUGUGAUGACAGGAGCCGUCAGCCACGUGUUUCCUUACAACAGAGUCUCUGCUAUAGAAAUGAUUGAACUGUACAGGUGACACAACUCUAGCGCAAUAAAGAUUUUAUUUACAAAUGUA